GACGUGAACCAUUCCGCGCGUUUCUAUGGUGAUGACGCUAUGCGUCAGGUGAGGGCGGGAAAGGUCAGGCGACCCCAUUUAGAUUAGUGUUGAUAGUACAGGGCGAGUGACGUGUUGGCGAUUGUCCCUGAUGCAACGUGGAAAUCAGGUGAAAAGGUGGAGCAGAGUUAGAAUGGAUCCUUUACAAGACAGUUCAGAAGAUGUAGAUUGGUAUGAAGAUGGUGACAAUGAAAAAUAUCAAAUAUACGUCGGAAAUCUCCCCAACACUCUGCCAGAGGAGCAGCUCAAAAACCUGUUUGAAGAAUACCAGCCGAAAAGAUUUAGAGUGUUCCGAGAAGGAUACAAAUGCUUUGCCUUUGUAUCAUUUGAGGACUCUAUCACAAUGCAUCAUGUUCUGCGGCAGCUGAAUAACUGCUCAUUGGAGGGCCGCUGUUUAGUUGUCAGCAAAUCUCAUAGAACAUCCAGAUCAAGCUGUUCUUCGCUGCAGGAUCUCCAGCUGCCAGACAGCACUGGUGAAAUAAAAGACUAUGACCAAAACUGCACAGAAGAAAAAGAAAUUGCUGACAACACAUUCGAUGAAGAAGAGGGAUAUUAUAAUGGAAGGGACGUUACAGCUUACAGUAAAGCAGGGGAGAUGCCAAAAGACCCUGUAGAAGAAUACAAGGGAACAACAGGAGAAUUCAAUAAAACAGACUUUGCAGCAGCUUCUAAGGACAAUUUCAAACAGACGUAUAAAGAGAAGAGCGAUGGGAAAGUUUCCCCAAGAAACAGCAAUUGCGGCGGGUGGGAAGAUGUGCCAGUCCAGUGCUGUUGUUCUGAUGACCAGAGUUGCUCGGACGUGGAGCAAGAUGUCUCCUGCACAGACUUUAAGAAGAUUAGAUACUGCAUUUUGAAGCUGGAGAAGAAAAAGUUGGAGCUCGAGAUAUUAAAGUUGCGCUUGGAAAUCCAGAAGCUGAAUAAAUGUGGCUUUAGGAACAAAGAAUGAAACACAUCCUUCUUUAUGUGGUUUGGUUUCACUGUUCCCUUGCUUACGUGUAUAUAAUUUUAUUUAUCCGUAAAUGUUUCACAUGCAACCAGUGUGUCUCUGCCACAGUAUUAAUACAAAAAGCUGCUUUUGUUUUAGUUGACCU